AACACCUUUGUAACAGCACUGUGUUUACAUGUAUAAAAUCUCUAAAAACUCCCUCAUAGACCAUCUUUAACGUGAAUAAUUUCGUCACAUUUAUAUUUAUGGAACUACGAGUUAUCUUAGCGUUUUCCGUCCAUUUCUAAAUUCAUAAGUGUAUGUAGAAUUGUAGAGGAAGUCACUGAAGUCAGCUGAGGCCAAGGUGAGGCGAGAUGACCGGCGUGCUGGCUAGAGGGGCGGGUCUUGCUUGCUUGGUGGCCGGCAGCAGGAAGGCAUUGGUCUGCGGGUGUGGCGAGGCAACCAACACACUGUUCAUCUCCACUGCGGCAUGUCCCUGGAAAGCUGUCACCGCCUGGUCUGUGGGUGGUGUGAGGAGGGGAACGCCCUGGGCCCCCGCCACGCACAGCACUGGGUCCUGCAUCACUUCCCCCCAGCACACCAUGACGGAGCAGAGGCGUGGCGUGUGGGAUUUAUUUAGGAGAGUUAAUUUUGGGAGCUAUGCUGUGCUGGACAACGUGGGAGAGGUGUCGUUACCCCAACCUGUCCCAGCACACAUCCCUCGGCCCCCCUAUGCUGAGACAGGAGAGCCCCUGCCACCUCCUGCCACCCCUGAUAUACACUCCUUGUCUGGGGAGGAAGCAAUGAGGAAUGCUUGCCGUCUGGCAGCUGAAGUGCAGAACGCUGUGAAGGAGAACAUUAAGGCUGGCAUGACCACAGAGGAGGUGGAUGCCCUGGUACACAAUCGGGCUAUAGAUGCAGGAGCAUACCCUUCCCCUCUCAACUACCGUGGCUUUCCCAAGAGCGUUUGCACCAGUGUCAAUAACGUGGCAUGUCAUGGCAUCCCAGAUGACAGACCACUGAUGGAUGGCGAUAUUGUGUCCGUGGAUGUGACGGUGUUCAUAGGAGGUUACCAUGGGGAUUGCUGUGAGACCUACAUGAUUGGGGAGGUGGAUGAUCCCGGCCGGCACCUGGUGAGGGCCGCCCGCAGGUGCCGAGACGAGGCCAUUGCUUUGUGUGGGCCAGGUGUGCCUUUUUAUGCUAUUGGUAACCGAGUGGAGAGGGUGGCUGAGAAGGAAGGAGUGAGAGUGGUGCCUUGCUUUAUUGGCCAUGGGAUCAGCAAUUACUUUCAUGGCCCACCUGACAUUUACCACUGCUACAACUUCUACCCUGGGGAGAUGGAGCCAGGAAUGACCUUCACAGUGGAGCCAGUCAUCACACAGGGCAAGGAGGAGGUGGUGCUACUGGAAGACGGUUGGACAGCAGUCAUGUUAGACAACGCCAGGGCAGCACAAUUUGAACACACAGUACUCAUUACAGACUCAGGCCAUGAGAUCCUCACUGAGUUCAAAGGAAAUGGUGGACAGUAGUUUUAUACACACAUUUACAUGUUGUGUGCAGAAUUAUCAUAGUCAUCGUACAGAAAAAUAAAACCAAUAAACUCAGCUCCCA